AUGGCUACGGUGCUGUGCUACGAAGGGCGGCUUAGCCUUUACUGCUUUCUGGGCGGAAUGGCAAGUUUGUUGGUUUUCUACGGUGCGGAAGCAAUCCUGCACGAUAAAAGCAUCUGGACCAAGGUGGCCCUUUCGGUGGGGUAUUACAUUUCGGAAAACGUUAUCAUUAGGAUACGAUACAAUCCGCGUGACUAUCAGAUUGCCGUGCGAGCUGCUUUCCUUGGAGCGGUAUUAUCGGCCGGUAUUGUCGUGUUUCUGUACGCUCAAGAACAGUAUAAAUCGUUUGGCAUUUAUGCCACCCUUAUGGCACUGUUUCACUACACAGAGUAUCUGGGCAUUGCCAUAUGUAACCCGAAAACACUGUCACCUGACUCGUUCAUAUUGAAUCAUUCGAUUCAUUACGGACUCGCUGCCGCUGCUAGUUGGAUAGAGUAUUUCGUUGAAUCGUACUAUUUUCCUGAAAUGAAAACAUACAAACUGGUGUGGACAGCGGGCGUACUGAUAUGUCUGGCGGGAGAAUCACUCCGGAAGGUGGCAAUGAUAACGGCCAGCAAGAACUUUAGUCACAUCGUUCAAUUCGAGCGACACAAUGAGCACGAACUGGUAACACACGGCGUUUAUGGUUGGACGAGGCAUCCGUCCUAUGUUGGAUGGUUUUAUUGGUCGAUAGGAACACAGAUAACGCUCGCAAACCCGGUAUGCUUUGUAAUCUACGCUAUCGCCAGCUGGAAGUUCUUCCACGAUCGGAUACUGAUGGAGGAAAUAACGCUGCUUAACUUUUUCGGCGAAGAGUACAUCCAGUACCAGGAGCGUGUACCCUCCGGUCUGCCGUUCAUACGAGGCUUCCGGGUGGAACCAUGAUAUUUCGAGCACGAUCCCGGCUGCGAGGAUCAAACCAGCUUCCACACGGACAAACGCACCGAUGAGACUGAUGAAGAGGAUGAUGCUGCUGCGGACAAUAACGAGCGAAUAAUGUUGGAAAUCGCUAAAAAGGAUGGAGAUCGUAGGCGAAGUGUCGGAAGCGGUGGCUUAGAGCAUAGCCGCAACCGACGGUACUCGGGAACAUAUGAUAAUUGUGAUGAUCAGGAUGCAUCGUCGUUGGUGUAAGGAUCGUCACGAAUGGAG